AUGGAUUCUCACGACCUCUAUAGCGGCCAUGCAUACAUCUGGUCUUACGAGACGCAGCAAAUCGUGAAGACUUUCGAGCUCACCGACGUCCCCGUUCGCGCCGGCCGAUUCGUCUCGCGCAAGAAUUGGAUCGUCUGCGGUUCCGACGACUUCCAAUUGCGCGUCUAUAACUACAACACGUCGGAAAAGAUCACUUCGUUCGAGGCGCAUCCGGACUACAUUCGAGCCAUCGCUGUCCACCCGACCCUGCCCUUUAUCCUCACCGCGUCCGACGACAUGACCAUCAAGCUGUGGGAUUGGGACAAGGGCUGGAAAUGCGUGCAGGUCUACGAGGGACACAGUCACUAUGUUAUGGGCCUCGCCAUCAACCCCAAAGACACAAACACGUUUGCCUCGGCCUGCCUCGACCGCACCGUCAAGAUCUGGAGCCUAGGCUCGGCCACUGCCAACUUCACUCUGGAGGCGCACGAGACCAAGGGCGUCAACCACGUCGACUACUACCCUCACUCCGAUAAGCCCUACCUGCUCACCACGUCCGACGACCGAACCAUCAAGGUGUGGGACUACACGACCAAGUCGUUGAUUGCAACCCUCGAGGGCCACACCAACAACGUCUCUUUUGCAUGCUACCACCCCGAGUUGCCCGUCAUCAUCUCCGGCUCCGAGGACGGCACCAUCCGAGUCUGGCACGCGAACACGUACCGAUUCGAACAGUCCCUGAACUACAGCCUCGAACGAGCGUGGUGCAUUGCCUAUCAAAAGGGACAGCAAGGCGUCGCCGUGGGCUUUGACGAUGGCGCCGUCGUCGUCAAGCUGGGCCGCGAAGAGCCCGCCGUGUCCAUGGACGCCUCUGAAAACUCAUCUGGGCCAGACACAACGAAGUUGUGUCCUCCAUCAUCAAGGAGGCAAAUGCCAGCAUCAAGGACAAUGAGCCAAUCAGCCUCCCACAAAGACCUCGGAACGUGCGAAGUCUAUCCGCAGACGCUGCUACACUCCCAACGGCCGCUUCGUCGCUGUGCCUUUGGCUCUGCGCUGGAUUUCGUCUGGGCGUCCAAGGAAAACAGCAACGAUUUCGCUAUCCGCGAAUCGCCCAUGAGCGUCAAGGUGUACAAGAACUUUAUUGAAAAGAGCGGCGGCCUGGACGUGGGUUUCCAGGCGGAGGGCCUCACCGGCGGUGUCUUGCUCGGCGUCAUUGGUCAGGGCGGCGUCUCCUUUUUCGACUGGGCCACGGGCGGCCUCGUCCGAAGGAUCGAGGUUGAGCCCAAGCAGGUCUAUUGGUCGGAUAGCGUGCAGGCCGGUCAGGUGAACGAGGAUGGCGUCGAGGCCGCGUUUGAAGUCAUCACGGAUAUCAGCGAAAGUGUUCGGACAGGCGAAUGGGUCGGGGACUGCUUCAUCUACACCAAUAGCACGAACCGACUCAAUUACCUGGUUGGCGACCAGACGUAUACCGUUUCCCACUUUGACAAGCCGAUAUAUGUCCUUGGAUACAUCCAAAGAGACUCUCGCAUCUACCUCGCGGACAAGGAUGUCAACGUCACCUCGUUUGCCCUGUCGCUUCCCGUGUUGGAAUACCAAACCUUGAUUCUGGAAGGCCAAGGCCACAAGGAGUUGGCCUUGAGGUGGCGACAGACCCGGAGCACAAGUUCGACCUCGCUCGGCCUCAACCAGCUCGAUAUCGCCCUGGACCUGGCGCGCAAGGCGGACGCGGACCAUAAGUGGAAGACGCGGUGCUUUUCGCGCAAACAUAAGCCCAGUCUGGCCGCCUCCAUCGUCAAGGACUGGAAAGAGAGUCUGGACAAGGGCAAGAAGGGACGGGUGGCAAAGCUCAUCGGGGUCCCUGACGAGGACGCGGAGCUGUUCCCCGAGUGGGACGCGUGGUUGCAAGCGGAACGCGAAGGCGGCGACGCACUGGACAAGACGAACGUGGCGGGGGCAAAUGGAGAGGCUCCCGUUGCCGAGAAACAGGCGCCGGCCGUGGACGCGGAGGAGGAGGAGGAGGAGGACGGAGGGGCGAGGCAAGGAGGACGAGGAGAACGCGGAGGAUGA